GUUCCUCUCAUCCAAGUUUCUUUUCAGAUUUCAACAGCAAAACCCAAAGUUUCAUACUUUACAGUGUUCCAAGUUUCAGUUUUUUUAUACAAGUUUUCAGAUUAAUGAAGAGAGGCAGAGAUAUUGAUGCGAUGGAUAUGGCAGAUUGUUUGAUGUUACUAUCGAGAGUUGGGGAGACCGACCAGGUUGCUGGUCGUGUCUUUGCAUGCAAGACAUGUAAUAAAAAGUUUUCAUCUUUCCAAGCACUUGGAGGUCACAGGGCGAGUCAUAAGAAGCCGAAGCUAACGGUAGGAGACAAUGAAGAGUUAGCGGUUUCGCCUACGAAGCCGAAGACCCACGAGUGUUCGAUCUGUGGGCUGGAGUUCGCCAUUGGUCAAGCUCUCGGCGGUCACAUGAGGAGACAUAGGGCUGCUCUGAAUGACGGGUUGGUAACUCGGGAUUUGUUGCCGGAGAUGAAUAAAUCGACCGGAGAUGGUAGGGAUCCAUCUUUAGAUCUGAGUUUGACGUCUUGGGGAGUGGAUUUGGAGUUGAAGCUGGGGAAAGUGACACCAACUCCGGUUGUUCAUUGUUUUAUAUAGGAUUAAUACAUGUGUGUUCAUAUUAUUAGAGCACGGUAUACGUAGAUAGGAUUUGAUUUUAACAUUCUUUCAUUACUUGUAUAUUGUUUUGGUCUACUUUUUACUCCAUUUUAGUAUAGAGAUAUAUUCCAUUGUUA